AUGCACCUGACGUACCUGACGCUCCUCCUGACGGCGACUACAGCUCCACUUUCAUCCGGAAUCGUCUACGUCCGGAUGAAGAACGAACGUGGCCCAACAGCCGUCCGAGCGGGCAUCAACUGUCUGGAGCUUCUCACCGAUGUCUUCUUCGACACGAGCGAAUCGAUUCAGAUUGAAAACAUUGUCAUAUUCCACUUGGACAAUCUAAGCUCUCCUGCUAGGGAGAUCGAAUUAGGAUAUCUGCAGAAUCAUCACACCGGAUACGAGGAAAAGGAGGAAGGUCCCAGACAAACUUUCCAACUGAAGCUGAUGUCCGAUGUUCUGCCGUUGAGCAGCUUGCGGAGAAUACAGUUUGUCGACUACAAACUGAUCGAUUUCUACGUGAUUGUGGUUGACGAGAUGGAUAAGCUGGAACGCGCUCUGAAAUACAUCAGUUCUGCUUAUGCGUUCAAUCCUCGGGGGAAAUUUAUCAUGUUGUACAAUAAUCCGAACGACCGCGAUAACGAAGAUCGGUUCGCGUUGGAAGCGUUGAAUUUUAUGUUUAUCCAACACCAUUCGGUUAACGUGUUGAUGGCUUUCGCGGUAGAUUUGAUGACCUACAAUGUGUACACUGGAGAUCCGUACCAUGGAACGCGAAAGGAUUGUGGUGUAAUGAAGACGUUGAAAGUUGCUACGGUGGUGAAUGGAACUUUCAGAAAUGCUGGUCAAGCAAUUAAAUCUAUCAAAAUGCCGAAGGUGCCAGCGGAAAUGGAAUCCUGUAUUUUUAAACUGUGCACUAGAGUUGCUUCGCCUUUCAUCAACGAGGGUUGCGAAACUGGAUUGGAGUUGCAAAUUAUGCAAUUGCUGCAGGAAUCAAUGAAGUUUAAUGUGGAAAUAUCGUGCAGCACUAUGGAACGAGGCGAACUGAUGGACGAUAACAUCACCUGGUCGGAUCUUUUGGGGAAGCUUCGAGCAGAUGAAUGCGAUAUCAUUGCUGGAUCAUUCUAUCCGGAUUACGAUGUGCAUAUGGAUUUUGCAGGAACGUCACUCUACUUGCAGGACUACUACACAUGGUUCGUGAUAUUGGCCGGAUUGGAAAGCCGAUGGAAAGUACUAUUGGGGAUUUUUGAAAUUGCUACGUGGGAGCUGAUUUUAGUCAUUCUUCUUAUAUCAUCGGGCACAUGGUUCCUUAUUGGCUUAUCCCUACCGGAGGUGCAAGCUCAUAAGCAACUAUCAACAUGCUUCCUGAACACUUGGUGUGUAUUCUUGGGCGUCUCAACGAACAAUCGACCAAUGUACAACUCCCUUAGAAUUUUCUUCAUGGCACUCGCCUUAUAUGGGAUGAAUCUGACCACCAUCUACACCUCCCAGCUGAUCAACUUUUUCACGUCUCCUCCAAGAAAAUAUCAAAUCGAUUCCAUCGAAGAGAUCCUGGCAGAAAAUUUCCAAAUCGGAGGCCGCAUGGAAUAUGAAGAUUGGUUCCUAAACGAAGACGAUUUCGAUCUCCGAGUGUCGACGCUGUACGACAACACGGAAGAAUUCCAACCAUCCCCAGUCAAUGUGAAAGCCGUUUCCGAAGGCAAACGCGUCAUUCUGACCAGUCGGAUGUACAUCAUGAGCAGCCACUACCGAGAGGAUGUCCACGCUCUCAGUCAGGAUGUUUUCGCCAACCAGUUGGAGAUGAUCGUCGAGAAGGGCUUCCCCUUGCUUCCGAAGUUCAACCGAAUUAUAUCGAAUCUAAAUGACAUGGGAAUCACUUCGAAGUUAUUCCAAGAUUUCCUAUACAACGUAACGAUUUUGGACAACAUUAAGGAAAUUCUGAAUCCGGAUGAAGAUCACCAACUAGCAGCGAAGCAAGAAAUUGUGCUGACAAUUGAUCACCUGCAGAGUGCGUUCUGCUUUUACUUGAUCGGGGUAGCAAUGAGUACGGUUAUCUUUUUGGGGGAAGUCUUAUCGAGAACGGCGUGGUUUAAAAUUAUCGCAAACUCGAUUGGAGAAUGGUUGGACCGUUUAUUGGUUUGGUUGAAGCUGCGUGACGGUCGUACAAAACCCAUGAAAUUGAGGAAGAGAUCUCGUGGGUUGACAAAGUUGAAGAGGACGAAAAGGUUCUACUAA